CUUGGAUAGGCCUCUACGGUGGGGGGCUGGAGAUGGUCCCUGAGUAACAGCAGCUUCUAUGGUGAAGGAGAGACAGUGUUUAGAAACUGGGCCCCUGGAUAUCCCUACAAUUCUUAUGGACAACAGAACUGUGUGAUGCUUCAAAGCUUUUACUAUUACUAUUACUACUUCAAUAACUACAAUGGAAAGUGGUUGGACGUUGAUUGCAACUACCAAUUCUUCUCUGUGUGCUACAACGGUUCAGUAAAUGGCAAAUCAUCCUUUGUAAAAGUCAACACACCUUUGAAUUGGAUUCAAGCUCAGAGAUACUGCAGGGAGAAUUACGUCGAUCUAGCCAGUGUGCGAAAUCUGGCAGAAAAUUUUGCCAUUGCAAAGUUGGCAGCUUCUGACUCUGUGUGGAUCGGUCUGCACCAGGAACAAUUGUGGUCUGAUGGGAGCCCCUCUGUGUUUCAAUACUGGGCCAGUGGGCAACCAGACAGCACAGGGCAGUGUGUCACCACAGCGUUCAGAAACUCAGGACGGUGGUCAGAUGAUAACUGCUCCCUCUCUUUACCGUUCAUCUGUUACUCAACAACUCCUCCAAAAACCGAAGACUUCAGAGCAAUACAGCAAGCUGAGUCCAGUAUCACUCUGCAGUGGAAUAAAGUGAACAACAGCUUCAGCUUCAUUCUCCAGUUUAAUGGUGCAGAGAUCAACAUCAAUGCACCAGAUGGAGAUGGACCAGUAACUUACACAGUCUAUUAUCUCACUGCUGCAGCUGAAUACACAUUCACUCUCUUCUCUGUGUUUGAGAACGUCAGAAGCAGUGGAGUGAACAUUACUGCAGUUACCGCUCCUCCAAACGCAUACAACUUCAUUUCAACAGCACAAGAUGAGACCAGUAUCACUCUGCAGUGGAAUAAAGUGAACAACCUCAGCUAUAUUCUCCAGUUUAAUGGUGCAGAGAUCGACAUCACUGCACCAGAUGGAGAUGGACCAGUAACUUACACAGUCUCAUCUCUCACUCCUGGAACUACAUACGUAUUCACUCUCUUCUCUGUGUUUGAGAACGCCAGAAGCAGUGGAGUAUACCUUAUUGCAGUCACUGGAAAUCGUCAGUUUUACUUUGAGGCUACGCCACUGAACUGGACUGAAGCUCAGAGCUUCUGCAGACGGGUCUACACUGACCUGGCCACCAUAAGAAGUCAUGAUGAAGUCUUUGCUGUACUCAGCACCACACCGAGCUACAGAGGAAAGGCUUGGAUAGGCCUCUAUGAUGACAACUGGAGAUGGUCCCUGAAUGACAGCAGCUUCUAUGGUGAAGGAGACACAGGGUUUAGAAACUGGGCUCCUGGACAUCCCUACCUUGCUAUUGGACAGAACUGUGUGCUGCUCCAAAAUUUUAGAUAUUUAUAUUUCUAUUACUAUGGCUACAGUGGAACAUGGGUGGACGUUAAUUGCAACGACCUGUUCUACUCUGUGUGCUACAACGGUUUAGUAAAUGGCACAUCAUCCUUUGUAAAAGUCGACACACCUUUGAAUUGGACUGAAGCUCAGAGAUACUGCAGGGAGAAUUAUGUCGAUCUAGCCAGUAUACAAAAUCGGGCAGAAAAUGACAUCAUCACAAACCUGGCUGCUGGGGACUUUGUGUGGAUCGGUCUGCACCGGGAACAACUGUGGUCUGAUGGGAGCCCCUCUAUGUUUCAAUACUGGGUUUAUGGGCAACCAGACAGUCCAGAGCAGUGUGUCACCACAAUGUUCAGUUACUCAGGACUGUGGUCAGAUGAUAGGUGCUCCCUCCCUUUACCGUUCAUCUGUUACUCAACAACUCCUCCAAACGCAGAAGACUUCAGACCAAUAAGACAAGAUGAGACCAGUAUCACUCUGCAGUGGAAUAAAGUGAACAACAGCAUCAGCUUCAUUCUCCAGUUUAAUGGUGCAGAGAUCAACAUCCCUGCACCAAAUAAUUAUUAUGGACCAGUAACUCACAGAGUCCCAUUUCUCACUGCUGCAGCUGAAUACACAUUCACUCUCUUCUCUGUGUUUGAGAACUUCAGAAGCAGUGGAGUGAACAUUACUGCAGUUACCGCUCCUCCAAACACAAAACAAUUCAGACCAAUAGGACAAAAUGAGUCCAGUAUCACUCUGCAGUGGAAUAAAGUGAACAACAGCGUCAGCUUUAUUCUCCAGUUUAAUGAUGCAGAGAUCUACAUCGCUGCACCAUACGGAGAUGGACCAGUAACUUACACAGUCUCAUCUCUCACUGCUAGAACUAGAUACACAUUCACUCUCUACUCUGUGUUUGAGAACAUCUUAAGCAGUGGAGUGAGCGUUACUGCAGCCACUGGCCCUAAUUAUAUUCUUGCCACGAACGUGGAUUUGGAGUCAUUGACUUAUCUGUCAGACUCGGAGUUGCAGAGUCUGUUGCAGGAUGAGUCUCCACUAACUGCUCUCUUCAACCAAUAUGGACUGUCACCACAGUUUUCUAUGAAAGUGUUGAGACGUGAGCUCAGGAAAGACAAGAUGAACUGAAGAAGAAUGGAUCUGCAAUGCAACAUUUUGGAACUUUUUUCACACUAAUUUGACUUUUCACAGUUUGAAUUGCUUUCCUUGAAGCGAAUGAAAAAAACUGAUGAUAGGAAAGACUUGUCAUCAGAUUCCAGUGAAAUGUAGUUUGACCUCAUUAUUCUGCUUUGUAUUUACUUAUACUAGUACUACUUAAUACUUCUUCUGCUAUGAGGAUAUGUUUGUUGUGUGUAUUGCUACUAUUGCUUCUUUUGCUUAAAGAAAUGUUUUAAGACAUAUAAAAACAUUCUUCCAACUUGU